AUGGAUGAGAGAUCGUACCAUCCCAUCCCUAGUGACAAUGCCAACAUUGAAGUAUCAAGAUCAAUAAGAGAUAUACCACCAGCUCACUACACAUUUAAGAUCAAGGCAUUCUCACAACUCUCGCAGAUACUAUUAGACACUGGAGAAGAGAAUUAUGAAUCAAACACUUUUGAAGCUAGCGGCAACAAAUGGUUGAGUUUACAUUCUAGUAUUUUCAAAUUUUCCUUUGAGACAAAUGCUUUGCCUAUUGGUUGGGAGGUUAAUGUGAACUUCAAAUUGUUUGUUUUUGAUCAGAUUAGAGACAAGUACAUGACCAUCCAAGAUGUGGAUGGAAAGGUAAGACGCUUUCAUAGGAUGAAGACAGAGUGGGGUUUCGCCCAAUUACUACCUUUAAGCGUUUUCAAUGACGCUGCUAAUGGAUACCUGACCCGUGACACAUGCAUCUUCGGAGCAGAGGUUUUUGUUAUAAAUUAUUCUGGCAGAGGGGAACAUGUAUCCCUACAGAAUGUGUGUCAGGGUCCUUUUUCUUGGACAGUUGAUAAAUUUUCUUCUCUCACUCAUCACGUUCGUUACUCUAAAGAAUUCACUUUUGGGAAUCGCCAAUGGAAGCUAUUGCUCUACCCAAAGGGGGAUAGUAGGCAAAACGACAAGAAGGUGUCACUCUAUCUUGCGUUACAUGAUUUGAAAACUGUCCAAAAAAUUUAUGUACAAUACAGUUUGCGCAUAAGGGACCAAUGCCAUGGAAAACAUUUCGAGUUUAAAGGAAAAAGCUGGUUUUCUACUGCACAGAAGUCUUGGGGUUGCUCUGGCUUCUUGUCACUGCGGGAUGUAACAGAUGAGUCGAAGGGCUUCCUUGUGAAUGACACUUUGAUUCUCGAAGCUAACAUUACAAACAUGUCUGCAGUGGAGAUUUUGGUGACAAUAGCUGGUCAGCUUUGCAUUUUAAAUGUGUUUGACUCUAAGGAACAGAAGACACAGAUCGACACCGCCAUUUUUACAGUUGGGCUACGGCCGUUAUAG